CAGCAGAGGUGACCAUUGUUGAAGAAAUUGGAAAGCAGAUCCUUUUUCCAUAUACACCAGCCAUAAAGCUCUUUAACCAUGAAUACCCUCAGGCUUCUUAUUUUGGCAGCAUUCUGUGUCAUAUUCCUGAUAUUACUUGUUCAAGGAGAAAAUGAAAACGAAGUCAGUGAGAUAGACAUGGAAUUGCAAGGCCAUAAUCUUAGAGAAAAGAGGAGCUUCAGGUCGUGGGGAAGGAGGAGCCGCCGCCAUUACCGCCCCUCUUACCGCCGCCGUUACCAUUACCGUUAUGGUUACUGCGCACGCUAUUGGGGAAAAAGGAAGUAUUCCAUACUCAAAUCUGUACUGAAAGAAGUAGACUGCUUGAAUAAUACAAAUUGCCAAGAAAGUCAAGUCAAAAUCUUUGGAGAGAUUUUCAAGCCACCCACUCCAGCCCCACCCAUGAGUCCUAUUCCGUCGCCUUCCUCCAGUCCGGUGAUGACCGUAUCGCCUUCAAGUUCACAAGUUGUAUCGUCGAUGCCGGCCGUAUCACCUUCAAGUUCACAAGUUGUAUCUUCGAUGCCGGCCGUAUCACCCACACCAUCCUCCAGCAGUGUAAUGGUUUCACAGACUGUUUAGCCAGUCAGCGCUUAGUCUCCGCAGCAGCCAUUCUACAGGAUGUCACGUAACUCUACGGGAAGUCACCCAACGUAUCUUACCCCCGUCCCCCUCAGCGUAGUAAAAGAGUUGUGUAACAUCCUGAAAUAUUGCUACGAAGAAGAAUCGUUAUUAUCGAGUGUCCGUAACGUAGUUCCGCAUUAGUUUCCAUGGCAUUUUUUUUCAUAACAAACACACCAAGUGGAUAAAGAGCCGGUGUUUUCCAAAGAGCAAAGACUUGACAUAAUUGAAUUAUGAAUGUUUUUUUAAUUUUUAAUUUUUUCACAAAUUUGGAUUAUAUCGGACCAAUUAACGCUCAGACUCACAUGUAAACUUAAACCUCCACCAUGGUACAAGGGAGGUGGUUGGAACUUCCAAACACUUAGCGUUCCGUUUUGUUGCAACAUUUUGAAAAGUUGCGAUGUUAAUAUUAUGGAAUACAUACGCAAAUGGCGCUGCUGGGGACCAGUGACGUCAUUCAACAGAGCGGAUUUUUCAAGAUUUUUCACUUUUCCACUGUAAUUUUUGGAAGAGUAGCUUUCGAACUUGACAGAAAAAUGUAAAA